AGGCUUGGUAAUUUUCGCUUGUUGGCUGCCAGAAAGAGAAAAGCGUAAAGGGUGGUUUUGUGACGGUUUUUUAUUUCCGCGAAACCUAUAGAUGAUACGACUCGAGGACAAUGAACAUGAAGCCAGUGAAUUGUUCGUGCUGUGCGGAUUAGAAUUAGUUCACUUUUUUCGAUCAUAGAAUCGAGACACGACCUUCUAUCAUUUCCUGAAAGUAAGUACUUAGAACCAAAGAGAAACAGAAGACGAGCAUGGAAAAAUACCGGCAAUUUGCCGACCAGACAAAAGGAGUGAAUCCUUUCGUUCCGGUGUGGGCCAACCGAAGAAUACCAUGGUGGCAUAAAGUAACCAAGUUCCUGCUGAUUUUUCCGCUCGUGCUGCCCGUGCGGAUUGUCGGGUUUGUAUUGGGUUUUCUGGCCCUUGUGCUCGCUUGGGUUCUACUUGGCGCGGUUCACAUCCUGUCAGGGUAUCUUCACGACCUUCUCGCCUGCCUCCUGCUGCCUCCAGUUGUAUCAAGGAAACAAAACCUGCAGGUGUACUUUCCAUCACGACGCGAGCGAUCAUAUGCUACCAAUAUUUCUUCACUGUAAAGAUCGGCACAAGACUCCUGAACGAUGGAUUUAGUAUUUGAAGCAGGCUCUGCACCACCGCAAGCUUGUUCUUAGAUCUUCCGUAGCCAUCAGCAACAUGCUGGUUGUAGGUCUCGUAGUAUCUUCAAGAUUGCGCAUGGCAAGAAAGUCAAAGUUCUUCUGUCUUCGCGAUAUGAGUCGGCAUCAAAUCUCUAUCUCGCACAUGUGGCUUGGGCACCACAGGCUUUGUUUCGAUUGAUACCUUUGCCGCCUCUGUCUCUUCUCGCUCGGAUUCCACUGGGUACCUCUCAUUUGGAUAGCCUUAGUCCCAUAAACUGUUUAUUUUGUGCCUUCUAUGCACGGGAGCCUGAAAGUGCAACCUGAGAAGUCAUCUUCAGCUUGUGUAUUCCCGAGCGAGUGUAAGGAUCUGAUGUUGACAUUUUCCAGGAUGAUGACCCGUGUAUGCAUGUAUUUUCCAUGAUGAGUAUCGCAGUGACGUCGGUGGCAUCUCCAACAAGCAUAUUAUGCAGCCAGAAAAGAAUACGUUGUUAUUUCUCCUAAAGCGCAGUUGCUAUAAACUGAAUAAUAGCGAAUUCGCAAGAGUUUCUUACAACAGAUCGACUACGGCAGAACUACGGACCCGAGACGCUUACGUCUCCGCACGGCCGCAAGCAGCGGUGAUAAGACAGGAAGAAAGGGCAACACCAACGUUGAAGAUCAAGCGCAGCAUGGCAGGUUGUUAGUAUGCAAUGCACAAGGGCCUUGCGACGUGCUCUAUUUCGGAUUGUUUGGCUACAACAGUUUCUGUUUUACGCAUUCUAGCACCGCUCGCGUGGAGCUCUCGCGCGGAAUCAUCCCCGCUUUUCUUCGCGCCGCGGAGAUUAUCUAAGAGAAAAGUACACGCAUUAUACCAGGAAAAACAUUAAUUUGCCUUGCUAACUAAAGGGACGCCCUUGCUAAACUUGAGUUGUGUUGCGGUUUGUUUUUAUUUUCUGGUAUGGGUGUGCUGUUCAGUAGAAUAGAGAUUUACGGCGAGCGCCUUCCAGAAGACGCGUAUCUGUCUGCGGCUACGGAUCUCUCUCGGCCGACCGUCCUUUUCGCAGAGGGUGCACGGACCAACGGCACUUGUAAGUCUUUUUCAUGUUGGUCGAAGAGUAAGAUGGUAUUGCGGUCUUCCGUUGGAAAGUAAGUAAGUGGCAUACAUUUCUAGGCAGGGCUCCGCACGAAAGACGACGAACACGUCAAGAGAAGUUGCUUCAUAAGCCUCAAUCUGGCGCAUAAAUUUUUACAGGCGUGCUUCCCUUGACCGGCAUCAGUGCUUUGUUGAACGGAAAUGUCAGUAGCGGUGGAGCGCUCGCCAGCCGGCGCGCCUCAGCAGGGAGUCGAAGCACGACGAUUUCGCGGGGCCCGAAAAUAACUCUCAAUGCUGAGGCGGGGAAAGUGUCUGUGGCCACCGUGAUCUACCCGUCAAAGUCGACCGAACUGUUCACGCCGUCUCUCACGACAACCACCUCGAUAAUAAGUUUAUGAGCCAAAAAAAUUCAGUCAGCGCUCGUGUGUGAGACGAUGAAUCCGCAAAGAAGAUACUAGUUGCACGACUUGAAAAGCUCCUGGGCCUGUUUAUGCCGAAAAAGUAUUGUAAGUUCGGCUGUAGUUGAAGUAGUAGAAUCAGAAUCAGUUGUGAAGUCACGUUUGUAGUUUAAUAGUCUUAAAGCUAUCAAAGAAGCUUGUACUACUCGCCUUGUUUUUCCUUUUCUCGCUGUGAGUGUGCACAACCGAUCGACCUGAAGGGAUCUUGCUGGUAUGGUUCGGGUGCUUCUGCGAGAAGGAACAGGAUCGGCGUCACACCUUCGAGAUGCGCUGUUUUUGCUUACUUAUUUGAAAAGAAGUGCAACAAAAAGCGGAGCAUCUUCCCUCCACUUUAUCGCUUGACUAGAAGUUUUUGGCUGGAUACAACUAUCUUCUGCAGCUACAGUACCAGUGGCGCCACACAGUGGCGAGUCACUUGUAUUUGCCUCAAGCUGUAAAAAAUUUUCCGCGCGCCUUUUUUUGUAUUUGAUAUCCAUCAUGUUGCACACGUAUAGCCCCCCACUCUGUUGCGCACCUAAUGAACUAGCUAGCUUAUUCGCAGCGCAUCUCAGUGGCUAAAGACGGAGCUAUCCGGCGCUGCUGCUCCUCGGACUUGCCUCGGAGCGCCCCUGCAGCCUGGAGGUGCUGCAGCAGGUCCUCUUGCAAUCCAGCCGCUAGGCAAUGGGCCCCAUUCUGUGCAAGUCGGUCGGAGGCGAGGGCGCAAACGGAACCUACCGCGGCUGCGCCUCCCCUUGGUUCUAAUGUCGCGCAGCUGUGCGCGCGUGUACCGGCAGGCGCGCGCGCUUUUUGCCUUUGCGGCUUUUUCAUCAAAAUGCGAGAAACCCGAGAGCCUUCCGGGAAGGGUUCCCAGAGGGGUUCCGGGACCCCUUUUGGGGAGGGGUAGCACCAUCGUGAUUCGGAGAAAAAGCAAUAGGCUUUUUUUUAGGGUUCCGGGCACCCCUCCGGCCCCCCCUUUUUGGAAGGGAUUCGGAAAAGCCUUCGCGGCCAACAUAUGUGCGUGGUGCCCGCUAGAGACGAGGAGGGCAGGGCCUGUGUAGGCAUCUCGCGGGACGUUUCCAGCCUCACACGCUGACCCAGGCCAUAGCGGCAAAUAGCUGCACGGAGAGAGCAAUCCGGGAAACGGAGAAAAAUACUGCGCGCGCCCGGCGUUUUCUAGGUGAAAACAUCAGCCACAGAAGAACCCCCAGCGCCCCGCCCCCCUUCGCGUCAAUACUCACUUACCUACUAGAGCACUGCUGCUGACAAGCUAGGUAAAACAAACCGCGUUCAAGUCAGCCCCUCACUAGCGUGCACAGGUUUACUAGCCUUGCGCCGCGAAAAAAUGCGCGCAGAAUUUUUUUUACGGUCUGAGGCAAAUACAACACUGACGACACCAUAACACCUAUCUUCUGCAGCUACAGUACCAGUGGCGCCACACAGUGGCGUAUCAAAUGUAAAAAUGUCUGGGUCUGGAAGAUUAGAACCUGUGAUGCGAAAUCUGAAUGAUGCAAAAAUCUGUGUUGCGUGAGUACCAAAAGCUGUCCGCUUUUGACCAAGUUGAGAGGGAGUUCUUCAUGCAGGAAAGGCAUGAUAGAGACCGCAAAUAAUCUGUCAUGCUGGGUCUCGCAUUCCAGACCUCAUGGGUCAUGGAAAACCUGCAUCACAAAUCUUGGACUCUUCCAGACCCAGACACUUUUGCAUUUGAUAUGGCGAGUCAUUGGCUCCCGGCGGAACUCGUGGCGCUGAAUAUCGCGUCAUCUUCAAUGGGAGGAAGCGGGAGCGGUGACGGAACGGAGGAGGUAGAGGGCAAGAAUGAGGAGGCUCCGGUCGCAGAAAAAUUGCGGUUCUGGCUCGCGACUAUGCCUUCUCCUGUACUGCAUGAGGUAGCAAAUAACGCUACCGAUCUGAUUGAGUUCCAUAGAUAUUGGACGGAUACGCAAAAGAAAAAGUACACGUGAAUUAAUUAUAUGUGCGCGCACUCAAUCGCAACAAUAGAGGAAUUUUCGUUUCAUCUCUUCGUCU